AUGUUAUCUCGCAGACUUUUUAUUCAAUCCAGAGCUUCCAGGUAGGCUAAGGCAAUAUAAUUGCUUUAUCUAAAAAAUUUUUUUCAAAAUUUAGUGUUUCCACUAAAUUCUCGUGGGACGAGGUCCGAGAUUACUACAAACACAAGUAUCACAAUGGAACAUCCGAGAGGAAUGGCAAAGGAGAGGUCUUUAAAAUGGUUCUACCUCCGCCGAAUGUGACCGGUGUCCUUCACAUUGGCCAUGCGCUUACCGUAACCGUCGAAGAUGCGAUCUGCAGGUUUCAGCGGCUGAACGACCGGAAUGUGGAGUGGAUCCCGGGAUUCGAUCAUGCUGGAAUUGCGACUCAAACGGCGGUGGAGAAAAUGUUGUGGAAGACCAGGAGGGUUCGACGGCAUGAGCUGAGUAGUGACGAUUUUCUGGAGCAUUGCUUGGAUUGGAAGGAAGUGUGAGUUAAUUUGAGUUGCUUUCUUGGUGUUUAGGUUGGUUGCGACGUGGCUCAGAGAGAGUUUGAGCGAUUCUGACCUGAUCUUAAUUUAGACGUCAUGGAUAACACUUUUGCCAAUCUUUGUCUCUAAAACUUGAUUUUCUGUCGGAAAGUUUCCUUUAUUGGGUAGAUUGGUUUAUGUUUCUUCUAAUCAGUCAGAUGGCAAUCUGUUUUUGCGCUAUUUUCAUGUAGUGCUGUCUAUUAUUAUUUUAGGCAUCUAUAGGUUGCGGCAAAAUAUUUAUAACCUUUUGAAACAAACUGCAAAAUUCAUGAGCAUUUAUUUCAGCAGAGAAAAGGAAAUUUCCAACCAAUUACGACAGUUAGGCACCACCUUGGAUUGGUCACGCCCCUUCUACACCAUGAAUAACAAGUUCAAGACUGCAGUCAACACAGCCUUUGUUCAGUUGGAAAAAGAUGGUCUAAUUUAUCGAGACAAGCGGAUUAUAAACUGGUGUCCAUCGUUGAGGUCGGCCAUAUCAAAUGAAGAGGUGGAUUUGACGCCGGUUGGGGGUAGCGUGACAAUCCCGAAUCCAAAAGGCGGAAUGAGGAAGGUGAAGGUCGGAGUGAUGUAUAAAGUCCGAUAUAAGCUGGUGGAUCGAAGACAUGGGUGAGUUUUGAGCAUAAACUAGAAAGUUUGCGCUGAUUUCGAACUAUUUUUUUAUGUUAUAGCAAAAAUUUUGCAGAUAUCUACUACAAUAUAAAUUUUUUUCAUUUCUUGUUUUUAGUGAUCCAGAAUAUCUGGAAGUGGCUACCACACGGCCUGAAAGCGUAUUUGCUGACACUGCCUUGGCUGUGAACCCAAAAGACCCGCGAUUUUUCGGUUUUAUCGGCAGAUUUGUCAAAAAUCCAAUGUCCGAGGAGCAAAUUCCCGUGAUCCCCAGCGAAUUAGUCGAUCCAGACCUCGGAACGGGCGUCCUAAAAGUUACACCGGCCUGUAGUCCGGUUGACUACCGGAUUUACUCCGAUUCGGCGGAGGAAUUCAAGAGAAAAAUGAGGCUAAUCCCGGUGACCGACGAUGCCGGGAAUUUGACAAAAUUUGCUGGCAAGUUCGAAGGAUUGGAUCGAUUUGACGCCAAAGAGAAGGUCGUCAAAUUCCUGACUCGAAUUGAGGCGUUCGGCGGAGAGGAAAAGGUGGAAAAGACCGUGUUGCCGAUUUGUAGCAGAUCCGGCGAUCUUUGUGAGGGCCGGUUGAUGGACCAAUGGUUCCUGCGCACGAAGGAGCUGAAUACGAAUGUUCUGGAGAGGCUAGAGAAGGGAGAGGUAAUUUUGAAAAUUCCGAUAAAGUUGUUUACUACGGUGGGAGAGCUGAUCUGUUGGCAAAGAACGUACCAUUUUGCAUCCGGGAAGUAUGAAAAAUGUGGCAAAAUGCUUCCCUCUCCAAGUGAAAAAACUCCGAUUUCAAAAGCCCGCUCUUUUUGUGAAGGGAAGGGGCGCCCUUCAAAACGAAGUUUUUUCACUUGGAGAGGGAAGCAUUUUGCCACAUUUUUGAUACUUCCCGGUGCAAAAUGGUACGUUUUUUGCUAAUGGAUAAGGUCCCCCACUGUAAAAAAACUCCGGUUUCAAGAGUUUCGCUCACAAGAAGCGAUUUUGAAUUUGAGUUUUUUAACUUGAAGACGGAGGUAUUCUGCUACGUUUGUAAUACUUUCCGGAUGCAAAGUGGUACGUUUUUCGGGGUGUCGGACACUUCGCGGACAUCUCUAUUCGCGGACACCCAACUCGCGGACACGGGUUGCCCUAUUCGCGGACGCCCAACUCGCGGACACCCUAUUCGCGGACAUAAAUAUUUAGAUGGACUGUUCGCGGACAUAAAAAUUCCAGGUGUAUGUUGUUCGGACAUUUAGAUAAAUCUCUGUUUGGAAUGGUUGACACAACUUGGGCUGAAAAUUUUGAAAAUUCAUAGCCGCAAUUACGUAAUAAGUAACGUUUUCAAAUUUUGAGUGUACAUCGGACACAGGGGUAAGCGAUGGUGUUUUCUGUGCUUUCUGGUGGUAUUUUUAUACUUUUCAUGACCUGAUUGAGACCUUAGAAAGUUUAGACAGUAGGUCUUCGUGCAAUAAAUCACUUUUUACAUUUCUGCCGACAUCAACAUAACUAAAAAACAAAGAAAAUUAUUUUAAACGAAUUAAAAGCGGGAGAAAUGGAUCAAUCCAUAUAUCACCUGAAUCAGAAGAAUUUUUUCAACGUUUUGAGACCAUACUUGUGUCUCACCUCCAUCUGAAACUUCAGAAAUUACCUAAAACAAUAUCCGGCUAGCAUCAGGGGCCUGUUUCACGAACGCAAAAUAAAGAAAAUAGAAAUAUGAGUGAGCGAGGGAACAGAGGAAAUGCAUGCGAAACGGGAGAGACGGCAGGAAAAUGAGGAUUGCGCCAAUUCUCAAUCGGAGUGACUUUUUACGUCCAAAAUUACGGGUUGGCGGUAGUAUUUGAGCCAUAACUUUCCUCUACUUGGGCCUACAAGCACCCUCCAAAAAUUCAAAUAAUGCUGAGACUUCGGGCUAUGUAGAUCUAUAAAAAUUUUUGCUCUACCGCCAAUGACAAAGUUUCCAUAGGCGUUGUAGUGUUGAAUUCUUCUACUUUAUAACGCUAAAAGGCCUUUUUUCGCGUUAAUUGAAACAGUAAAAAAUUCUAAUUUAUGUCAGUCGAUAGACAAUUUAAUUCUCUACAAAACAUUUUUAGAGGGCCAACUGUAAGUAAUUUUUUGGCUGAGUAAUAACUGAUUUACUUUGACAAUCCCUCGAUUUUCAUCACAAAAAAUCUUUCGAAAGAGCCCUCAAAUCAAAACAAGAGAGAAGUUUUACGGUAAAAAAUGGGAUGCGGCUGGACUAAAUCAUCCAUAACUUUAUCAGUUGGUGAGAUAUAGACGCCCCUCUAAAAAAAUGAGGUAGCCAAGACAAUUUUCUUUACAAUUAUAUAAAAUUUUAUACUAAUAUUUUAUUAUUUGGAACAAAAACCUAUUUUUAUUCUGAAAAAAUGGAAAAAUGUUGCAAACUGCUGCACUACUAUAAAUUUGUUCGUGCCGUAGAUCGCCAAACAUCCUAAAAAAUUGCAUUACUGUAAACCGCGGACUCAGGUCUACAUGAUUUUUUUUAAAUGGUGUCGAUCCGACAAUUUUGGGCGAUGUUAUGAGGGAAUUAAGCUAGAAUUGCAAAAAUUUUAUAGAAAAUAGAAAUAUGCUCAUUCCUACUGCUAUUUUCGAGCGAGUUUUUGCAACAAUGCAACGAAACUUGCACACAUGACAGUCCAAACAGUUAGCAUUAUUCGAAAUUUUGAAGGGUGAUUCUACGCCCAUGGAGGGAAAAGUUAUGACCGAAACACUGCCGCCAACCCUGAUUUUGGACGUAAAAAGUCACUCCGAUUGAGAAGUGGCGAAAUCCUCAUUUUUCUGCCGUCUCUCCCGUUUCACAUGCAUUUCCUUUGUUCCCUCGCUCACUCAUAUUUCUAUUUUCUUUAGAAAUAUGAGUUUUUGCGUUCGUGAAACAGGCCCCAGAAAAUCCAAAUAAAAUCAGUAAAACCUGAAACUUUGUGGCAUAAAUUAUACAUAUUCUGAUUCAGAAAUUUCCAGACAAAAUUUGAGAUGCAAAAUCAAAAAAUACGAUUUUUUGAAAUUUAUGACAAAAAUUUGUAAAAUAUGACAUUGAUGACAUAGAGCCCUGAAAUUUUGCACAAACAUGUCGUAUCACAUGCCAAACGAGUGUAGAAAAUUUCAGACCUUUACAUACAAUCCCUCAAAAGUUAUGAGCCGUUUUCUGUUCCAAAAACUCCGAUUUCCAACUCCAAAAAACGGACUUUUAUUGCUAUAGUGUUUACUGAACCCUUUCUGGGAACCAUAACUUUGGCCAGAAACGACCAAAUUUUGAUUUUUAAAAAGUAAAUCUCCUAAUUUGACCCUUGCGAUCCUCGUGAUUUUGUUAGUUUGCUAAAAAACCUUCGAAGAAAGCCGGAAAAUCGUUCCAAUAUUUCGUUGACAUUUCGUCCAGAAAGCCGAUAUUAUUUUUACAUUUCGUUCAGUAAGAAAGUUUUGGCUUAUAUACUGCGAAUAUGAGUAAAGCAAUAAGUCGACGAGACGCGCAAGUUUCGAUUUAGCAGAAAUAAUUUUUAAAAAUCAAAAUUUGGUGGUUUCUGGCGAAAGUUAUGGUUCCCAGAAAGGGUUCAGUAAACACUAGCAAUAAAAGUCCGGUUUUUGGAGUUGGAAAUCAGGGGCCUGUUUCAUCAACGAAAAAUAAAUAAAAUAAACGAAAGAGAAAGCGAGAGAACACCCAAAACACGUUUCGAAGCGAGAGAGUCGCGACGGAUUAGUAGAGACCCAUCUAUAGAGCGGCGCAUUUAUCAGAGCGAUCGGAGUGACUUUUUACGUCCAAAACGGGGGGUUCUCUACAGUAAUCAGUGGAUAACUCGGCUCUCGGUGGUCGUAGAAUCACCCUUCAAAAAACCAAAUAAAGCUAUUUCCUAGAGCUACGCGAUAUCCAAAUUUCAUAUUUAUACUUCAAAAAAUGAACUCAGUAGACACCUAGUAGAUCGUGGUAUUCAACUUUUUUGACGUUUUUUUCUGAAAAACGUUAUUUUUUCAGUCAAUUUUUAACAUAAUGAGAUAAAAUUGGUACCAGUCGAUAGCCAAACGUUUAGUCUACAAAACUUUUUUAGAGCGGCGGUUUACUUCAAAAAAUAAACUCGGUAGACACCUAGUAGAUCACAGUAUUUACGCUUUUUUUACGUUUUUCUUGGGAAACACCUUUGUUUUUCACUCAGUCUUUAACAUAAUGGGAUAAAAUUAGUACCAGUCGAUAGCCCAACGUCUAAUCUAUAAAAAUUUUUUAGAGGGGCGGCUUCCUUUGCCCUGUGGCCUGCGAAACAUCUAUGUUUACUGUCAUGAACCACCGUUUUUGACACAAAAAACCAUCGCGUUUCGAGGGCGCUUUUCCUCUCUUUUGGUUUUUUCGGAAACGAUCGAAGGACUUUUUACGCAAAUAGAAGACAUCGUCUCACGAAAUUGAACGUUUCGCAGGCCACAGGGCAAAAGAAGCCGCCCCUCUAAAAAUUUUUUAUAGAUUAGACGUUGGGCUAUCGACUGGUACUAAUUUUAUCCCAUUAUGUUAAAGACUGAGUGAAAAACAAAGGUUUUUCCCGAAAAAACGUAAAAAAAGCGUAAAUACUGUGAUCUACUAGGUGUCUACCGAGUUCAUUUUUUGAAGUAAACCGCCCCUCUAAAAAAGUUUUGUAGAGUAAACGUUUGGCUAUCGACUGGUACCAAUUUUAUCCCAUUAUGUUAAAAAUUGACUAAAAAAUAACGUUUUUCAGAAAAAAACGUCAAAAAAGUUGAAUACCACGAUCUACUAGGUGUCUACUGAGUUCAUUUUUUAAAGUACAAAUAUGAAAUUUGGAUAUCACGUAGCUCUAGGAAAUAGCUUUAUUUGGUUUUUGGAAGGGCGACUCUAAGACCACCGAGAGCCGAGUUAUCCACUGAUUACUGCUGAGAACCCCCCGUUUUGGACGUAAAAAGUCACUCCGAUCGCUGUGAUAAAUGCGCCGCUCUAUAGAUGGUCUCUACUAAUCUGUCGCGACUCUCUCGCUUCGGAACGUGUUUUGGGUGUUCUCUCGCUUUCCCUUUCGUUUAUUUUAUUUAUUUUUCGUUGAUGAAACAGGCCCCAGAGUUUUUGGAACAGAAAACGGCUCAUAACUUUUGAGGGACUGUAGGUACAGCUCUGAAAUUUUCUAUUGUCGUUUGGCAUGUGGUACGAUAUGUUUGUGCAAAAUUUCAGGGCUCUGUGUCAUCAAUGUCAUAUUUUACAAAUUUUUGUCAUAAAUUUCAAAAAAUCGUAUUUUUUGAUUUUGCAUCUCAAAUUUUGUCUGGAAAUUUCUGAAUCAGAAUAUGUAUAAUUUAUGCCACAAAGUUUCAGGUUUUACUGAUUUUAUUUGGAUUUUCUGAUGCUAGCCGGAUAUUGUUUUAGGUAAUUUCUGAAGGUUCAGAUGGAGCUGAGACAUAAAUAUGGCCUCAAAACGUUGAAAAAAUUCUUCUCAUUCGGAUGAUAUAUGGAUUGAUCGCUUUCUCCAGCUUUUAAUGCGUUUAAAAUAAUUUUCUUUGUUUUUUAGUUAUUUUGAUGUCGGCAGAAAUGGAAAAAGUGGUCUAUUGCACGAAAACCUGCUAUCUAAACGGUCUAAGGUCUCAAUAAGGUCAUGAAAAGUAUAAAAAUACCACCAGAAAGCACAGAAAACACCACGAACUCUAUGUAUCACAUUAAAAUUAUAUUAUCCAUGACAUCUGAUAAAAAAUUUCUUCCAUUCAUUUUUUUAUAAAACACUGCACAUCGAAAGAAUUCAAAAACUAAGUACUACACGGUACUACGUAAGAAAUAACUAACGACGAAAUAAAAAUGGAUAUGAUUUUCGAAAUCAGCACUAUCGAUUACCCCUAUGUAAGAUAUUUACUCAAAAUUUUUGAAAUUUACUUAUUACGUAAUUGUCACUACGAAUUUUCAAAACUAUUAGCCUGAGGUUUGACUAAAACCCUAAAUACAGGGCCUAUUUUAUAUAUUUAUAAAAACGUCCGCGAAUAGGGCGUCCGCGAACAGGGUGUCCGCGAACUGGGAAUGUCCGCGAAUAGGGUGUCCGCGAGUUGGGAAUGUCCGCGAACUGGGUGUCCGCGAAUAGAGAUGUCCGCGAAUAGGGUAUCACUCGUUUUUCGCCAUUUGAUCAGGUCCAAAAAACGUAUCAUUUUGCAUUCGGGAAGUAUCAAAAAUGUGGCAAAAUACCUCCCUCUUCAACUACAGUGGGGGACUUGAUCCAGUGGCAAAAAACGUACCAUUUUGCCUCCGGGAAGUAUAAAAAAUGUGGCAAAAUACUUCCCUCUCCAAGUGAAAAAAAAAACUUUCAAAAGCGCACCCGCUCUUUUCGCGAGGGAAAGCGCCCUUCAAAACGAAGUUUUUUCACUUGGAGAGGGAAGCAUUUUGCCACAUUUUUGAUACUUCCUGGAUGCAAAAUGGUACGUUUUUUGCCACUGGAUCAAAAAUGUGCACAGUGCAAUCCGCUUUUUUGAGGUUUGCACGGUGCGAAAAGGGAAAAAUGCACUGUGCGUUUGCGACAAAAAUUCAAGUGCAUUUUGUGCGAUAAUUUGGAAAAAAACAAUUUGCACCGUGCAUCGCCCCAAAAGUCAGCGAAAACAGCGCUUGCACUGUGCAAUUUUUUCGAUCCAUUAACAUUUUUUUGUUCAAUUUCAGAUAAAGAUAGACCCGGAUUAUGGUCGAUUUGCCCUGUCGGAUUGGCUCGAAAAUCAUGAACCUUGGUGCCUAAGUCGUCAGCUUGUCUGGGGCCACCGAAUUCCGGCUUAUUUUGACGAUUCCGGCAACUAUUUUUCGGCCAUUGACCUGGAUGAAGCGGAAGAAAAAAGCGGAAUCCCGAAGGAAAAGCUGACCCAAGAUCCGGACGUCCUGGACACAUGGUUCAGUUCGGCCCUAAUUCCCAUCGUAGUGGGCGCAAAUUGGCCAAAAACAAGAGCUGUGGGCCAGAAACCCCCAAUCGAUUUGAUGGAGACGGGCCAUGACAUAACCGGAUUUUGGGUGGCGCGAAUGCUCAUUUUAUGCUAUGGAUUGACUGGAAAGCUUCCGUUUGACAAAAUCAGCCUGCAUGGAAUGAUCAGAGACUCGGAAGGACGCAAAAUGAGCAAAUCCAGGGGCAAUGUGAUCGAUCCGUUGUUUUUGAUCAAUGGCGCAAGCUUAAAUUAUAUGAUUAAGGAUCUAAAAGAGUCAAAUCUGCCGGAAGAAGAGUUGGGUAAGCUCGAAAAUGAAGUGGAUGAGAUUUUUGAGGGAGUUGGGAAAUGAGGAGAAAUGAAAAAGAGAGAUUUUUGGGCUCUGGAAGGGUCAGCUACCUAGUGUAAUAUAAAAAGUAAUCAAAAAAAAUUUUUUUUGGAUUUGAUUCUUUAUGUUUGCGGUGUUACACAAGAUUUCGGUGUAGUUUGCCGUGGAAGGCAAAAAAAAAAUUAAAAGCAGGAAAAAAAUUAUAUUGCACUUGAUGAUCUGAAAAAAAAUUUUUGUUUGCGCUUUUUUUUAUAAAAAGUAUUUCAAAUGGCCUCCUUUUACUUAAUGAAGCCCUUUCACUAAAUUUGACUUUGAUUUGAAGCAAAAAAUUUCAGCAUCCGCCAUCAAGUUGAUCUCCAAAGAUUACCCAAAGGGAAUCCAAAAAUAUGGCCCGGAUGUCCUUCGAUUUGUACUGUUGAGAAGAGACGUUCAAGCCAAGGAUGUUCCAGUCGACUUGAUUCCACUGGCCGAGGAAGGCUUUAAAUUUGGAAAUAAAUUGGCCAACAUGACCAAGUAUGUUGAUUUGGUUUGUACGGCCAAUGCGGAAAGGUCGAAACCCAAGUGGAAGAUUGAGGUGAGUGAAUGGAAUUUUGGGGUUUUUAGGGCUUGGUUAGCGAAGGAAUGGGAUGAAUUAAAACAAAUUUUUUUUGGAUUUUUUUUUUUUUUUUUUUUUUUUUUUUUUUUUUUGAAAUUUUUUUUCGAAAAAAUCCAAUUUUUUUGAAUUUUUUUUCAAUAAUAAAAAAUUUUGAGGACAAAUGGAUAAAAUCUCGCCUGAAAAGAACCGCCCAAAUCUUUUACAACAACAUGUCUGAAGCCAAAACCCACCCCGCAUUCGAAGCCGUCUUCCAAUUCAUUCUCAACGAUAUUUGUGACACUUAUUUGGUAAGACCCUCUAUUUAUUUUGAUGGCAACCCUCUUUUCUUUAGGAAUCCACCAAAAAAGCCCUGUGGCAAAAAGAUCCGGCGAGAUUGGCGGCGAUCAGGUCGACUCUAGUGGAAUGUGUGGAAAUCUCGCUGAAAAUGUGGUCAACUUUCAUGCCAAUGGUCUCAAAUUAUCUAUUGGAUCACUCGAAAAACCUGGAAAAUAGAGCGGCAAUUGAGGUGAGGAAAAAAAAUUUUUUUUUUUUUGUUUUUUUUUUAGUUUGAAGAAAUCGUCUCCGAUUUUGAUGCCGCUGCUUCUAAUUCGCUGGAUCGUAACGUUCGAACCGCUCAGAACAUCAUCACCGCCCUUCGGGCGGUCAGAGCGAGACUAGGCUUCUCGGAAAAGACCCCUCUUUCGGCAACUGUAAUGUCGAGAACGUUGGAUAAAAAGUUCAUCGAAGACUUGGGAGAAUUCGUCGAAAAUACUGGAAAUAUUAGAUUAAGGAAGAUGGAGACGGAGAAAGAUGUCAGCGAGAACAUAAAUGUGGUUACAGUACCCGGAACGGACAUUAUUUUGGUCUUGGAUCUGGAUAAUGAGGUAGGUGAAGAUGAAGAUUUUUUGAAAAAAAAAUUGUGACUGCAGAUUAUGAAUUAGUAUGCCAAAUACCCUCCAAAAUUCUGAUUGGUCUAUUUUGAAUAUCAAUUUUUUGUUUGAAUCCCCCGAAUUUGAAAAAAAUAGACUGCACAGUGCGAUUUUUAGAUUUUUGCACUGUGCGGAAAUAAGAUUGAAAAAUUUGGAAAUUUUAAGUGGUAAGAUGAUAUAAGGUUUAAAAUACGUAAUUUAUCGUUUCUGGGCUUCUUGAAAUGCCGAUUUUUUAUCAGAAAUCCUCGAAGUUGGCGAAAAAAUUGGACUGCACAGUGCGAUUUUUGGAUUUUUGCACUGUGCGGAAAUAAGACUGAAAAAUUUGGAAAUUUUAAGUGGUAAGAUGAUAUAAGGUUUAAAAUACGUAAUUUAUCGUUUCUGGGCUUCUUGGAAUACCGAUUUUUUAUCAGAAAUCCCCGAAAUUUGCGAAAAAACUUGACUGCACAGUGCGAUUUUUAGAUUUUUGCACUGUGCGGAGCUGAGACUGAAAAAUUUGAAGUGGUAGAUGAUAUAGUGUUUAAAAUACGUAAUUUAUCGUUUCUCGGCUUCCUGAAAUGCCGAUUUUUUGUCAGAAAUCCCCGAAAUUUGCUAAAAAAUUGGACUGCACAGUGCGAUUUUUGGAUUUUUGCACUGUGCGGAAAUAAGACUGAAAAUUUUGGAAAUUUGAAGUGGCAGGAUGAUAUAGUGUUUAAAAUACGUAAUUUAUUGUUUUUGGGCUUCCUGAAAUGCCGAUUUUUUAUCAGAAAUCCCCGGAAUUUGCGAAAAAAUUGGACUGCACAGUGCGAUUUUUGGAUUUUUGCACUGUGCGGAAAACAGACUGAAAAAUUUGAAGUGCUAAGAUGAUAUAAUGUUUAAAAUACGUAAUUUAUUGUUUUUGGGCUUCUUGGAAUACCGAUUUUCUUGUUAGAAAUCCCCGAAGUUUGCGAAAAAAUUGGGCUGCACAGUGCGAUUUUUGGAUUUUUGUACUGUGCGGAAAUAAGAUUGAAAAAUUUGGAAAUUUGAAGUGGUAGAUGAUAUAGUGUUUAAAAUACGUAAUUUAUCGUUUCUGGGCUUCCUGAAAUGCCGAUUUUUUUGUUGAUUUUCCUCGGAAUUUGCGAAAAAAUUGGACUGCACAGUGCGAUUUUUAGAUUUUUGCACCCGAAAAAUGACCAAAUAUUUUGCACAUGCAAUAUUUUAGGACCCAGAAAUCAGCGCCAAGAUUCGAAAUCAGCUUCACGAACGCCUCCGGAGCUCGAAAAAACGCAUCGAACAACUGCAGGCACUAAUAAAAAAGUACAGCAACUAUGCGAACCACCUGAAAGAAAGGGAAAAUUUGACGAAGGGAGAGGAAAACCAACUCAAAAAACAUGAAGGAAAAGUCAAACAAUCGGAAAGAGCCCUACAAUCACAAUUGUUGGAAUUGGAAAAAUUGGAAGGGAUUUUGAAGAGCUUGAGGAAGGAAAAUGAAGAGGAUUAA